AAUUUUUAUAUUUGUUUUGUAAAACACUGAUCUGUUUUUAUUAAUUUCUUUACCGCUUAACGUAGCAGAGAAGCAAAUGGACGGAAAAUUGUCGUAAAACGUUCAAAAAAGCAAUAAAAGUUAUUCAUAAAGUGAUGAGGUUAUCAAAUUUUACUGCAUUGGUGCAGGGGAUGACCUCUGCAUUUAACAUUUUUUGACUGAGAUGGAUUUAGCUGAAACGAUGAAGAACGUUUUAAGUAAAGGCAUUCAACAGACGUCGGUCAACGAUUUGACCACAUCAGCCAGUAUGAACUUCGCUGCCAAUGCCGGGUACGUCACCGAGAAGUUGUACAUGCUGUUACAGCUGUACCUACAAAAUAAGGGUUGGAAUCCAUCUGUCGAGUUGCUACAAUGCUUUACUGAGCUGAAGGAGUCUUCUAUGUUGCCGAGUGCGGCGUAUCUACAAAUGAUGGCGUCCCGUGUUACUUUAGACACACAGGGUAGGUUAAUUUUGAGAGAGAAUGGCAAAAUUAUUCUACCCUUUGAGCACUUUGCGAAUGCGGUAAUGCUGAAGCAUAUGAAUGGCCCACAUGGUUUACACUUGGGCCUGGAGGCAACCGUUCGAGCGGUAAUGGAAUCCUACACAAUCGGUAGAGAAAAUUUUGGCAUGGAAAAGGAGUUUAUAAUCGAAGUUGUCGAAAACUGCCCCAAUCCAGCAUGUCGUUAUUACAAAAAUCAAAUGGAAUUAACCCAAAAAACAAUUCAACACCUAUCCGCACCAACCUACCUAAAUGCCUCGCAAGCCAACUCGGACAUUCGCGCUAACAAUUUUAAUUCUGAGUUUCCGAUGCCGAUACCGCCACCUGCCAUUGCUUCACAUCUCGGCAUAUCGGCCAUGGACCUAACAGGGCCGGCUUUGGAUAGCAAACCGAUCGAUCAACAAACCAAAUCUGUUCCGCCCAAUCAGAUUACCGCCGCGAUUAUUCAACAGCAGAAUAGGGCCAUGGCUUUAGAUAAGCUAAAUGCCAACUUGGAGAAGCAAAGGCAAAUGCAAAUGCAGCAGCAAAUCGAUCUGGCAAAAAGUCAGAAGUCCCACUAUGAAAUGCCUGUGAUUGAACCAAAGCUGUCUGAUUUUUUGCGUGCCAAUAUCGAUAGUUUUGAAGGUUUCUCAGCCUCAAACAAAGACCUACUGGCCUUACAUAACGGCGCGUGGUCCUCGAGUGGCAUGCAAAGUUCGCAGGAAGACAAACGCUCUACAAAUUCAGAAGGUGGCCAGGAGAAGAUCAUUCGAGCAUUUGCCGAAGUUAUGAAAAAUAUGCAACGUAUGAAAACUUACGUUCGCCCUUCAAUGUGCAAACCGUACGGAAAACAGUCCGAAGCGCUUCAAAAAACCUUAAUGGACACAAUUCAACUAGUACAAUCGCUGCGAAGUUUUUUACCCCCACCCCACAUACAGGUAAGUUCCUGGAAGAACGAAGACAAACACCGUUACGAAGAGACCUAAUCCGCCAUGACCUAAUUUAAUUUCUGUUUAGGCAGCCAAUUAUAAAAUCUAUAAUUCGUUAUACAGGUUGACCAUCCUUUUGAAGGAUGUAAAAUGAAGCAAGCUUACCUUUCCUAACUAAUUCUAAUAAUUUAGCGAAUAAGAUAAUUGUCCUUUUCAGUAUUGUUCGUAGUGAGUUUUAUGGCAUAAACAGAAAUUGCCGCAAUCUCAUCUUUGUACAUGUGUCGUGUAUAAACUGUAGUAGCAAAACGGCCAGAAACGUUCGGAAUUCACUUUUCUAGUCAUGAAAUUGCAAGAGUUUGAAGGUUUUGUUUUUCGAAAUUGGGACUGUGAUAUUUUUUACGGAACGGCCAUGACAUGACAAUUUUUAAAACAGAAUCACUCAUUCCACUGUUUUGCUUCUUGUAAUUACGUUUUUAAUUUUGAACAAUUUUUGUACAGGGUGGUAGUAAGAUCUAAAAAGAUUUUGAUUAUCAAAAUUUGACUGCUGGAAUCGGUAUUAUUUUUGUAGAUCUGAAUUGGUAGAUCUGAGCCAGUAUACAAGUAAUGUAAGACUGUUUAUAAAUGUAUUUUUAGUUUUGUAACUGUAGAGUAAUAACUUUUAUGUCGUCAUUUAUUAAGUGUUAAAGUGCUGGUAGUUUACCUUUGAUGGUACGGCUUUGCUUCUUAGAAAUCCUUAUUAGACAUGUACUUUUUUUAGGUUUACAAAGUAUAUUCAAAUGUUUAUUAUUAUUAUUCAUUGAUUUAUUGUUGUUUUUCAUCAAAGUAAUAUUUUUCUUUGUUAAUUUGAUAACAGUUUUGUGCAAUUACUUAAAGCAAGAGAAUAAUAAUUUAUUUAAUCGUGUCA